CACGUCACACUUAUCAUAUGACAAUGUUCCGGAUGAGAAUGUGAACAAGCGACGGUUUUCUUCACGCUGUUUUUAAUAAAAAACCGACGGCGUGUUUAGAGCUAUAGCGAACUUUCAGUACACAAAUAAGUACCAAAAACCCAGGGAGAGAGGCAGGAUGGAUUUAUUUCUGUAUCUAAGAUUAAUCUGGAUGUUUCUGCUGGCUUCUGCACUGCGCUCAGAGAUGCAGAUCAAGCCACUGAUUUAUGAUGAGCAGUUGCUCUGGGUGAGCAACGGAGCGGGCGAGGUGAACACGUAUCGUAUCCCUCUGCUGACCUUCACUUCUCGAGGCAGCCUGCUGGCCUUCACUGAAGCCAGGAAAGACUCGUCAGGUGACAUUGGGGCAAAGUUUAUCGCAAUGAAACGGUCCAUAGACCGAGGAGCUACCUGGUCUCCUACAUCCUUCAUAGUGGAUGAUGGCAUUCUGGUCGAUGGCUUGAACCUUGGCUCGGUUGUAGUGGAUGAGCAAACACAGUCCGUGAUGCUGAUCUACUCUCUGUGCUUCCACCAAUACCAGUGCAGCACCUCCAGCACCAUGUUAGUGGAGAGUCUGGAUGAUGGUCUGACCUGGAACGCUCCUCGCAAUCUCUCUGUCCAGCUCGGGGUGAAGAGCUUCGCCCCUGGGCCGGGAUUCGGCAUUCAGAAACGCUUGAGUCCAGCAGCAGGCCGUUUGGUGGUGUGUGGUCACGGCACCAUAGAGGGCGACGGGGUUUUCUGUAUCCUGAGCGACGAUCACGGGCGCACAUGGAGGAACGGAGGCUCACUGAAGAGCAUCCCUUAUAACCAGCCCAAACAGAGCCAGGACUUCAACCCUGAUGAGUGUCAGCCGGUGGAGAUGCAGGACGGCAGCAUCAUGAUCAACGUGCGGAACCAGAACAACUACCACUGCCACUGCAGGAUGGUGGUGCGGAGCCUGGACGGAGGAGAGACUCUGCCCGUGGAGGAGCUGAGGUUCGACCACACGCUGGUGGAUCCCGUGGUGGCGGCUGGAGCGCUGCAGAAGGAGGAAGUGCUGUACUUCAGCAACCCGGCCAACUCCCAGAAAAGGGUGAACAUGACUCUCCGUUGGUCUUUAACUAACGGGACGACGUGGGAAAACGAGGCCAUGCAGAUCUGGGCAGGGCCAAGCGGCUACUCCUCCAUGACGUCUCUCGUCAGCAACUCCGUCGAGGAUAAGAAAUACAUCUACGUCAUCUAUGAGAAGGGCCACAAAGAAUCCAUUGAGACCAUCUCUCUCGCCAAAAUCCACCUGUACGGCGGCAGGUAGAGCGAGAGCACAGUGCGCUGCGGGAAAGGAAAAGGGAAACAGAAGUGACUAUAUUUAUUAAAGAUCGCACAAAAUUCAUGAGUGGAGGAAAGCUGUGAUCUGAGUUUGCAGUAAAUUGCUGAGGUUUAUCUGCUUGCUGUUUGCCACACGUGACCAAGGAGUGUAGGUGAUGAAUGAUUUUGUAUAAUUCCACCUUUUAAAAAUAACAAAUGAUCCAGACUCAUUGUACACGGACAGGAAAAAUGGAAAAAGUCCUGGAAACUGGCCGAUCGACUGUCUUCCAAACCUACAGACACCUGAAGUCUUAAGAGAAGAUUCAGAGCUACAGUAGGUUUAUGGAUAGCCAUUUAAAAUGAUUGAUAAAUUUUGUUAAUCAUUACUUUUUGAACCUAAUAGUCACUUUAUUCUUGGUUAGAAAGUUAUUUUGGGUUUUAUUAUUGUCCUCAUUAUUCCAGUUUACCUCAAAACAAAUCUGUGCACAUAAUAAUCUAUUUAUUUUUAUUACACUAACACAUGUUUCUGUGUGAACUCAUGAACCACCCAGUGAUAAGAAAAAAAAAUCCAAUCAGCACGUUAUAUCACAUGACGGUCAGUAGCAUCUGGUGUAGUCGGUCACAUGCGCUUGCUGAAGUGUUUACAGAUUUGAACUCUGUGAAUGAGUUCAUCGUCUCAGGUGUCUUUUGUCCUCUGGCUUUUUCUUUUGAACAUUAUAGUUUGUGUUGAAGUGGUAAGGACUCUUCACACAGUAAUGGAUUUUAGGAAUUAUAAUGUACAACAUAAUGUGAAUGAAAACCAUUAUACUUAGUAUCUCAAAUAAAUGUACACGCCAUUCUAGAUUUUAUAUUAAACAUAUUUUUUUCAGAA